GUGCGUCACAGAAUGGCCUCCGACACCCAGGCAGCCCCUGACGUGUCGGGGAGGAGCCGGGCGCGGAGGUCCGAGCGGUGGAGCUCAGGGCUGCCGAGACUCGAACGGAGCCGAGAGGCUGGGCGGGCCUGGCCAGGCCAGCGGAGCGGAGACGUGGGUCGAGCGGUGGCGAACAUGCGCUUUUGACACACUGGAGGCUUUCUUGAUCAUGGAUGGUGAAGAUAUACCAGAUUUUUCAAGUUUAAAAGAAGAGACUGCUUAUUGGAAGGAACUGUCCUUGAAGUAUAAACAAAGCUUCCAGGAAGCUCGGGAUGAGCUAGUUGAAUUCCAGGAAGGAAGCAGAGAAUUAGAAGCAGAGUUGGAGGCACAAUUAGUUCAGGCUGAACAAAGAAAUAGAGACCUGCAAGCUGAUAACCAAAGGCUGAAAUAUGAAGUGGAGGCAUUAAAGGAAAAAUUAGAACAUCAGUAUGCACAAAGCUACAAGCAGGUUUCAGUAUUAGAAGAUGAUUUAAGUCAGACACGGGCUAUUAAGGAGCAGUUGCAUAAGUAUGUAAGGGAGCUGGAGCAGGCCAAUGAUGACCUGGAGCGGGCAAAAAGAGCAACAAUAGUUUCAUUGGAAGACUUUGAACAAAGGCUAAAUCAGGCCAUUGAACGAAAUGCAUUUUUAGAGAGUGAACUGGAUGAAAAGGAAUCUUUGUUGGUCUCUGUACAGAGGUUAAAGGAUGAAGCAAGAGAUUUAAGGCAAGAGCUGGCAGUCCGGGAAAGACAACAGGAAGUAACUCGAAAGUCUGCUCCUAGUUCUCCGACUCUAGACUGUGAAAAGAUGGAUUCUGCUGUCCAGGCCUCACUCUCCUUGCCAGCCACUCCUGUAGGCAAAGGAACAGAAAACAGUUUUCCUUCACCAAAAGCUAUACCAAAUGGUUUUGGAACCAGUCCACUAACUCCUUCUGCUAGGAUAUCAGCACUAAAUAUCGUGGGGGAUCUCUUACGGAAAGUAGGGGCUUUAGAAUCCAAAUUAGCAGCUUGCAGGAAUUUUGCAAAGGACCAAGCAUCACGAAAAUCCUAUAUUUCAGGGAACGUUAACUGUGGGGUGAUGAAUAGCAAUGGCACAAAGUUCUCUCGAUCAGGACACACGUCCUUCUUUGACAAAGGGCAAGAAAAAGUCAUAUUUCCCACGUUGUUCAUGGGGCAGUAAACGGCUUUGAUCCAGCUUCUCCUCCUCCUGGUCUGGGCUCUUCACGCCCCUCAUCAGCACCGGGUAUGCUGCCUCUCAGUGUGUGAGUGCCCAGCCUCCAGGUGGGGGCCCCCCCGCCCUUCUCUAACAGCCCAGGACACCCAUGCCUCGCCCUUUGGUGCCUGGGCCCAGCCCUGUGCCCCUCCGUCUGCCUCCCCACAGUUGGCAGAGGGCAGGCUGCAUGCAGCGGCGGCUGCUGGGCCCUGCUCAGCCCUAGGACUCUGCGCGAUAUCAAUACUGGCUAUUUUCUCUUCUUGCCGUAGUGCCGUUGGUUUCACAUGAUUGCACUUUUGUGGGUCACAAGGUGAUACAUGUGUGUAUUACUUGGUCAUUGGAUGCAGAAGUACCCGUUCAUCACACCUGCCUCAUAGCCCCCACUCUGCUGUGCUGAUAGGAUUUAGUUGUGUUUAGGACAUUACAGAUCUUCUAGAACUUCUCCCCCAAUCAGGUUGACGUGUGCCCUUCUAAGCUCCUACCCAAACAUCUUCAGUGCUCAUAAUCAUGUGCCCCCCCCCCCCCCCCCCAGCUCCACCCCUGCCGUUUGAGCCUGUUUUUGGCGAAGAGUCAGGAAGGUCACUGAAUUCGGGAACAUUGUCUGCACCUUCUCAUUUUACGUAAGCAGUUUCCAUUCCAUGGGAUUGCCUCCCAAAGCAGCGAGAUGCAGCACUGCUGCAGGUGGCAGCAGCCUCCAGGGCUGGGCACACCCAGGCUACACCUCUGUGCUGUCUCCUCCUCCUCCUCGUGCCUCAGACUCAGGGGAGGUGGUGGCAACAUCCCCACCAGCUUUCCAGUCCUUCAGUUCAGCGACAUCAUCAGAGCAUUUUUGUUUUCUCUUCUGAAGGUCUGUCCAUUGCACUGGGGAAAGGUUGAGGGGCCUGAUUCUGGGGGCUAGCCCAUGCCAGCUUCUGGGGGCAGACUGACCAAAAGUGGUUGUCCCUUGCAUCCUUUGAUUGCUCUCAUGCUGCACUUACUGUUUACAUUUGUUUUAUUGUACAUAGGUUUGUAAACAUUAUUGCCUAAGAUAUUUGUAUAUAACUUGGGCUUUGUAGCUUUUAUUUAUUCAGAACUCAUAUGGCAUGUUAAUGACUUAUGAUGGUGUCCUACUUUGGGCAGCUGUAUAGGUUCAUCAUGUGGCUAAAAAAAUACUUCCCCUCCGAAAGAAAAUCUUUUAAUGUGUAAACAAUAAAUUUCACAGAAAAUAAUGA